AUGGCUGUCCUACCUCAGCAGAACAUCCGAGUGUCUAUCCCAGAACCCCUGUCACCCAUCAUCACCCCUAGACUGUAUCUUCGACCCCUCGUGGACUCUGAUGCGGAGGGCUUAUUCGCCAUCCGAUCACGACCCGAAGUUGCUAGAACAAACUACCCCAAAGUCCCUCAUCGAACUGUCCAAGAGACACGGGAAUGGAUGGCCACGAAGAUCUUUACCGCGGGCCCUGAGAGUGUCCUCGGUCGUCAUUUUACUUACGUGCUCAUUGAACGCGAACUAUUGGAAAACGAGGCUCAGCCACCAGCCGCCGACAAACAGGUGAUUGGCUACAUGUGUAUCAAUCAAGUUUUUCCCAGCCCUGAGAUUGGGUAUUCCAUUCAUCCUGAUUACUGGGGCAAGGGGUAUGCGACGGAAGCUUUGUAUGGACUGCUGAAAACAUGGUGGAGUUUACCUCGUCAGCCUCAAUUGAAUUCUGCAGAAGACGGAAGUGACCCGACUGAAAAAGUUUUUGCCUUUUGCGAGAGUAAUAACGCAGGCUCGAGCAGGGUAUUGAGCAAAUGUGGAUUCAGGGUGAUUAAGCAGGUGGUGUAUGACGAGGAUGAAUUGUUGCUGUGGGAGUUAGAAAGACCAGCACAUAACCACACAUGCCCCUGA